AUGCCCACCAGCUCUCAGGGUAUGGUCCGCAAGCGCACCUGUGCAGAUCCAUGCUCGUCAUCACAGACCAUCCCCAAGCAUCCUAGAAUAGCUUCAGCAUCCUCCUCCUCGACUUCAUCCUUUGCCUCGCCCGCAACAUCGUCUGUAAAUGUCGCUUGCAAUCAGAGCAGCCACCUCGAUGCCUCUACUAAAGCACGUAGCGACAGCAUCAGCUCGCAAGCAUCUUCUUUCUCCGAUUCGUCUUUAUCCUCAUCUGCCACCCUACCGAGCACGUCGUCAGUCCCAUUGCCGAGGUACUCGCUCGGCAUCCCUCAUCUUGAUCUCUUGCUUCCCAUUCGCGAUGGCCUCGAUCUCUUGCACGCCUAUCACCAAGGCAUCGGUUGGAUUCAAACCCCUGUUGAUCGAACCACACUACUAGAGACACUUGAGCAAGCAGAACGUCAUGGUGCCGACUCCAUACACCCGCAUCGACUCGCCUGUCUUCUGGCUGCUCUCGCUCUUGGCCAUCUCUUCUCACCUUGCUUUCCAACAUCUUGCAACUCUCAUCACCCAGCUCAGCCUUCACAGAAACGCGGCAAAAUCUGGUUAGGUGUAGCCUCCGCUUGCCUUGCUGGCUCCCGCACUGGCAACGAGUUGACACUCCAACCCACUCCAGACGCAUGCUCGGCUCUCUACCUCAUGUCCACCUACCUCCUCUGCACCAAUGACGAGGAGCUCUUCAAUCGUUCCCAAGGGCUCACUGGGCUUGCACUUGUCUUGGCAAAGGCGGCCCUCGUUCCAUCUUGCCUUCCUUCAGCUGCCUCUACAACUCAGCCAUCGCGCUUAGCAACACUGUCACCAUCCAAUCGCCAGGAGGCAUCCUCUCAAACCCCGCAAGCUGCCCACUCGUCGCCCGCCUCUCCUUCGCAAUCUGCUUCACAAUCUGCUUCACAAUCUGCUUCACAAUCUGCUUCAUCUCUGCUAUCGGCUCACAAGGCCAGCACUGACCACGAUCGCCUUCACUGCAACAGGCUCCUUGGCGACAUUAUCUUUCAUCUCCGCUCCCAGGUCCUCACCUUUGCUCUUCCCUCCACCGCCGCUCAAACUGCAUCACCAACCAUGCCUCCUUCCCUCGCCAACUUUCCAGAUGUGCCUACCAUACAAGCCAUCUGGACUGCUUACGGCACUCCUCUCUAUGCCAGCCUUGACGCUUUCGGAAAUCGCUACAGCCCAAACAUCUUUCAUAACUGGAAGCUUGGCUUGGCCGAUCUUAUGCACCAGGUCUCAUUGCUCACCAACCAAGCCCUCCCCUUCGACAACCUUGCAGCACCUUUGUCCUCCUCGCAAAGCGCAGGCACCCUGACAGAGAACAGCGAAGCAGAUCAACGCAAAGCAAGAGGGAGGAUCCUGCUUCCUGAUCACAGCCAGGUUGUCAAGCUGGAUGAACGCAUUCGGCGCUAUCACGCCAGCCUCCCUGAUUUCCUACUCCUCCACAGACCGCUGCCCAUCGACAUGGCCGGCAAGGUUGACACAGACGAAUUGGAUCAGAUCGUCUGUCAGCGUCACAUGGCCUGCUCUAUGGUUCAUCGAAUGUUGAUGGCUCUUCAUCGCCCCUGGUUCCUCGCUGCCCUCGCCUGCCGAUCAGGUUCGGUGCGAGCAAACACCGUCAGCAAGGCCAAUGGUAAUCAGGCAGCAGAGCAGACACCAGCAACAUCGUCCACCUCGACUAAAUCAUCCCAAGCAGUCUCAGAGGCUGCUGCCCCUCUGGCACUAGAGCAGCCUUCUCCAUCUGCCAUGUUCUCGCUGUCCGUCGUAUUGCGCUCAGCCACCUGGCAAACAGAGACCUUUGCCAGUGCGGCAGCUUGUGCUCCACCGCAGGCACUAGCAUGGUGGCAGUUCACAAACAACGCACUCGCGGCUGCCAUUGUGCAAGCUACUGCUCUUCUUCGUCUCUCCUGCCCCACGCCUCCUUCGUCAGCUACUGCAGGCGGCACAUUCGCAUCAGCAGCAGAGCGACCAGGCUCGUCAUCGCACUUCCACAGCCAAAUGCGUACCGACCUUGACAAGAACAUCUGUUCUUUCCAGAAUGUAGCAAAGCGCUGCAAGCUUGCUGCUAAAGCCCUGCCUUUCCUGCAGCGAGUGGGCAGCGCCAUCGAUCUGGGUCUUUGCAAACCCCGCGGCCAGGACCCGCUCCAAACCAAUCUUUCCCCUUCUCAAACACCCCACCAUGGCUCGCAACUAGACUCGUCACCAUUCGCAACGGGCACUCCGGCUUCGACGCGACCCGCUCACAACAACUCGGAGCCCUUUUCUUGUAACAAUAGCAUCCGCACCAACAUCAGUCCCAGCACCAGCACUAGCAACAGCACCAGCACUAGCAACAGCACCAGCACUAGCAACAGCGCCAGCACUAACAACAGCGCCAGCACUAACAACAGCAACAGCAUCAGCAACAGCAUCGACCACAAUAGCAUUCAUAGCAGCAGCAACAGCCCCAGCAUCUGUAAAGCGCUUGACAGCAAUAAGACGGCACCAGCGCAUUCGACUCAGCCUGGGAGCGCCGAGAGCUCCGUCGAUUCUUCCUACACUGGACCGCGACGGGCUUCCAGCGCAAAGUCCAAGCUUGAGACCAUCUUUGGUCCUAUCGCUUCUGGCCUCGAGCUCCCGCAAGGAUCUGACAUUCAGGCCCGGGCCUCGUCGUCAUCUUCAUCUGUCAAGCCUCUGUAUCGUCAGAAUCUUGAUCCGCUUCCAGUGCCACCGAACCUUAGGCGCGACGGGGAUGAACACAGCUCACAACCUUCCUUCAGCGAGGAUGCCGGUUCGUCGAGCUCGUCUGGUAUCUUCCCGGGGACACCGGGAUCGCGGUCGCCCCUGAUGGGAGCGCGAGAGACAUCACUUCCCGCGACACAGCAAAAAGGACCAGACAAGGCUUCCAUCGAGGGGCCAGCAGCACAGAGCAUGUCGAACCAAGCGUCCGAUCUGGUGCUUCAGUGCAUUCGAUUCUGGCAGCCUGACAUGCUUGCCACCCCGGCUCCACCUGCGUAG